AUGAUGCAAGGUGUGUCUGGUGUUGAGAGGGAUGUUAUGAAGUCAGUGUCAGUGCAGGUGGGAGAUUGUGUGACAUUAAACCCUGAAGUUACUGAAAUACCGAGAAAUGAUGACAUUGUGUGGAUGUUUGGAGAGUCUCGCAUAGCUCAAAUCAAAGGAGACACUAGAGAGAUCUCUACAUCUUCGGGUGAUAAUUUGGGAUUCCAAGACAAACUGGAUCUGGACAAGCAGACUGGAUCUCUGACCAUCAAGAACAUCAGAUCUGAACAUGGUGGACUUUAUAAACUACAGAUUAGGAGUACAACUCCUAUAAAAAGGGAAUUCAAUGUCAGUGUCGUCGAUAUGUCUGGUGUUGAUACAGAUGGACUGAAAUCAUUGUCAGUUUUGAAGGGAGAUACUGUCCCUCUGUUUGUUGGUGUGACUAAAAUACAGAAAAAUGAUCAGAUAAGGUUGAAGUUUGAAGAUCAAGUCAUCUUUGUUAAUCACUUAUACAACUCUGUUGAUGGGAGCUGGAGUAACAUUCUUCUGAACAGUGAGACCGGAGACCUCAUCAUCAGUAACAUCCAAAGCAAUCAUUCUGGAAAUUAUGAAGCGGAGAUGAACACCAGCAGUGUGAUCAUACACAGAAGAUUUAAAAUUGAUGUUAGUGCAGAUGCAUUCAAAGUAUCAGGGACUACAGGAGGUUCUGUUACUCUACACACUAAUGUUACCAUAAUAUGGGGAAAAGAUCAAAUAGUGUGGAAGUUUAAAGAUCAAGUUAUCCCCGCUGUUCCCUUAAACACUGAGAAGAGAAACUGGAGCUGGAGAAAUAUUCAUCCGAAUUAUACCACCGGAGACCUCAUCAUCAAUAACAUCCGCAGCAAUCAGUUUGGGGUUUAUGAAGUGGAGAUCAAACGCAACAGCCUUAUUUUCUUACACAGAAAAUUCUGUGUUGCUGUUG